AUGGUCGAUCGGUGCAUGUAUUACAACGGGUGGAAAAUCGUAUGGCCUAUGAUAUGGGCGCUCACGUUCGCCCACUUGGCCGCCCUCUACGGGCUAUACCUGAUGCUAUUCGGGGACAUCCGGUGGCAGACAUACAUCUGGCAAAACGUGAUACACCUGUUGACGGCGCCGGGCGUAACGGCCGGCGCCCACCGGCUGUGGUCGCACCGGUCGUUCAAAGCCAAGUGGCCGUUAAGGUUGUACCUAAUGAUCGCCCAGACGUUGUCACUGCAACGGGAUAUAUACGAGUGGUCGGCCGACCAUAGGAUUCACCAUAAGUACUCCGAGACGGACGCCGACCCCCAUAACGCCAAUAGGGGUUUCUUCUACGCCCACAUGGGCUGGUUGUUUGUCGAGAAGCACCCGGAGGUGAUUAAGAAAGUAAUAAAUUAA